GCAAAUUGUCAAUUUAAAUUGUCCACAUUAAAUUAGUCGAGUUAUCAGCUUCCACAGCGGCAGGUGUACGGAUCGGAACGGGGCCGUAAUAAAAGCUCUUUUUUUUGAGCAGCCUUGAGGCUUGGGAAUGAAGUGAUUCAGAACUCCAAAAGGCAUGGAUCUGACCCAGCUGUCACCUCUGAGUGUUCAACUCGCUUGUUAAUUAUGCAAUGAAACGCUCAAGUGUUUCCCUGCAAAACUAGAACCACACCAACAAGAGUGAUAAUAAAAAUCAAAUUGUGAGAAUUAAAUUAAACUCUUCCAAGUUCGGAAUACUUUAUUUGUGGAAAAAUUCGAGUGUUUUAAAAACAAACCGCAUACGGCAGGUGCCAUUGAAUCAAAUACAGUUUUGAGCUCCUGAAAAUACGCUCUGUACUUGUGAGAUUACCAUAAAAAGCCUAUCGCUGGGCAAAGUGAACAUUACGUGAAAACCAAGGACCAUAGUUUACCCCGAAAAGCAAAAGCUUAUCGCUAGACCUUGCUCGUUCAAUUAGCCGAAAUUCGAAACCAAACAAAAAUCGGCUAUAACUUCAGUCAAUGCAUUGAAGAAACCAUUAAAGCAAGUGAAAACCAAGAGCAAGAAAAAGUCUGAGCUGAUAAGAGCCAGCGAAAUGUCAAUAAAUUAAUAUAAAUGAGUGACUCGUGACUUGCGACAAUUGCGAAUCACUUCGAAUCGGCCUCUCGACGAAUCAAAUUAUAGCAAGGAAAGUGAAGUGAAAUGGUUCCUUUUUCCUCUUUGAUUUGGAAUACGAGAAUGUAAAAUUACAUAAAAAGCGCAUAAAAGUUUGAACUCUCAUUGCCAGCGAGUCUGUAGUCCCAGCAGAACAAUGCUAACCCCCGGCGUUGUUUUCGAUCGUUCGAGGCAUUUGAUCCAGAGCUUUUCAGCAAACAAUGAAAACCCCCGCAUAAAUAGAAAACAAUUAAGCAUUUUAAACGAUAAGAGAAGUGCGAUAAAAGGCCAGCAAGCAUACUGAUUCAUCGCUGAACAAACCGAGAACUGUGCGGAGAGACCAGCGGCGUCGGAGGAAUGAACGAAAACAGAGAGAACAGAGAAAAUUGGCAGCAACUCUCUCGCUCUCCCUCUCUCGCUCUCUCUGUUAGUAGUAAUUACAGCAGCGCGGGUUGACGAUUGACCAGUACGUUUUCUUGCACUUUGAAACUUUUCUUCCUCAAACAAAUUUAUCAGAUACAAAGCAAGAGCGAGUUUCCUUUGUUUUUUGGGGCAUUUGAUAAGCCAGUGUUUAGAUGCUUUGUGCUUUAUUGUGCAAUAAACAAACUAAUAGUUUGCUGCUCCUUCGGGCUUAACAUGACAUUGAGAGAGUGUAAAACACCAAAUAAGUGCUUAGUGCUCUUCCCUUUACAGACGUUAAAUAUACAGAAAUUGUAAAUAAAAUAGUUACGCUAAUAAACAUAAAUAUACAACAACAACAACAACAACAAACAUAAUAAAAAGCAGCUGACAAUAUGGCCUGCUUUCCGCGCUUGUUCCAUCAUCGAAGUAAAAAUAAAUUUACGCCCGCCCAAGAUGAGAACACCGACACGAUACUCAACACACACGAUAGCCCCGUGCAAAUUGGUUUGUACAUUCGGCGCGAGGAGAAACCGCUCUACACGCCCAUCGUUACACCCAGCGCUAGUGAGGCCAAACUGCAACGGUUAAGAUUGCAGACCGCAAACUCCUCCUCCUCGUCUGCCUCACCCAGCAGUCAACCACCACAGACGCUGGCCGAAAAUGGCAAUGCAAACAACACAAACAGCAUGCAGCGGCAGCCAAAGAAGUUUCGCUCCAACAAGAGCAAGCUGCAGGCAAACAAAGGGAAGGAGAAGCAAAAUGGCGAGACGCAGGCAGUGGCAGAGGGAGACGGAGACGGAGACGGAGACGUAGACUCUGUCAAUGGCAAUCCAAUUAAUGUCACACGUUCAAAUUCAAAAUUAAAACCAGUCAAAGAGCGACGACCCACAGCCCUGCCCACAGAGGCGCCCAAUAUCGAAUUUGUUGAUGCGGAGGAGGAGGAGAAUGCAGAUGGCGGUGCCUAUGGUGAUGAUACCAUGGAUGGCAAGUCAGAACUCAAAGCGAAUGAGAACGGCAUAAUUGAUGAGGUCCCAACACCGUUAUCGGAGGGAAAUGUAAAGUUUUUCAUUGGUCACACACAGGAACUAAGCCCAGAACCAAAAGAUAAUACUUUGUCCUGGCAGAGCAGCGACACCAACAACAACAACAGCAACCUGCCCCAAGAAGUUGGAGCCGGAGAGCUGCUAGCACCUACAAUCAAUGGCAGUAGCAGCACUGUGUCCCUCCAUUGUCCCACAAAGAGCCACGCAGACAAUCAUCGUCGUCGCCGAGUAUCCACCAUGUCUGAUAUUCACAUACCGCCCGCACCGCCGAUGCCAACGGAGCUGUUGGUGCCUGGAACGCCGCUGCACUUGCGGAAGAAGCGCAGCGUCGAGUGUCAGCAGAAUCAACAAACAGAUGAGAAAUUGGAGCUAGCCCCUUUGGAGGCUGCAAACAAUCAAGAACAAAUCCCAACACCCAAGCGCAGCUGUGAUGGCGCGGAAUCAGUGACCACAAAGGCGCAUCGCGUGGAGGGUGGCCUGAUCUAUAUACGACCGACUCAUCCCAUUCAAGGCGACAUUGAAAUUCAAUCAAUUACAAAAGACAAAGCCACACAUAAUCUCAUCCACAUGGCCAUUGAGCGCAAUGACUUCCUGAAUAACCUCAUGGACAAGGAGCGCAAGGAGAUGGUUAUCAAUGCAAUGGCGCCGGCCAGCUACAAAAAGGAUAGUUACAUCAUACACGAGCACGAGGAAGGCUCCGAAAUAUAUGUCUCUGCAGAGGGUCACUACGAGGUUAUACGCGGGGGACAGCUUGUGGGCAACUUUGGACCGGCAACUGUAUUUGGGGAGCUGGCAAUACUCUACAAUGCGCCCAGGCAGGCCACCAUCAAGGCUGCCACCGAUGCCCGAGUGUGGAAAAUAGAACGUGAAACCUUUCGAACCAUCAUGCAAAUCUCAGGCUCCAGGGAACGCGAGGAGAACCUGCAAUUCCUUCGAUCGGUUCCGUUUCUACAAGAGCUCGACAAGAGCUUGCUCAACAAAGUUGCUGAUCUCCUGCAAAGGAAAUUCUAUAAGACUGGCAGCUGCAUUAUACGCGAGGGCGAGAUAGGAAACGAGUUCUAUAUCAUUCGUUGCGGAACAGUAACCAUCAAGAGGAGGGACGAGUCCAGCCAGGAACAAGUUGUGGCAAUGCGAAAGCGAGGCGAUUACUUUGGCGAACAGGCGCUCCUCAAUGCGGACGUGCGGCAGGCCAGUGUCUAUGCAGACGCACCAGGCACAGAGGUGCUCAAGCUGGACAGAGAAGCUUUUAUUAGCUAUUUGGGCACCAUUAAGCAACUGCGCGAGAGGCCGAAUCAACGCGUCGAAACCCAUGGUCGAUUCAGUAACAAAAGUGUCGAAUUCGAUAACGAACAUGCCCAAAUUGCCAUCUCUGAGCUGAAGAAAGUUGCCACACUGGGCGCUGGUGCCUUUGGACGCGUGGACCUGGUCGCCCAUGGCCAGAAAACCUUUGCGCUGAAAAUAAUCAAGAAAAUCGAGGUGGUCAAGCAGGAUCAAAUAGAGCACGUCUACAAUGAGAAGAAUGUGAUGAUCAAGUGCAGGAACUCUCCCUUCAUAGUGCAACUCUAUCGCACAUACCGGAAUGACAAAUAUGUUUACUUUCUAAUGGAAGCGUGCAUGGGCGGUGAUGUGUGGACAGUGAUGUCGAAGCGGCAGUAUUUUGAUGAAAAGACCGCCAAGUUCAUAGCCGGCUGUGUGGUCGAGGCUUUUGAUUUCCUGCACUCGCAUCAUUUUAUUUACAGGGACUUGAAGCCAGAGAACCUCAUGCUGGGCACAGAUGGUUACUGCAAAUUGGUUGACUUUGGUUUUGCCAAAUAUGUUCGUCCAAAUGAGAAGACAAACACCUUUGCCGGCACGCCUGAGUAUGUGGCACCCGAGAUUAUUUUGGAUCGUGGCCACGAUCGAUCCGUCGACUACUGGGCACUGGGCAUUCUAAUAUACGAGCUGCUAGUGGGCAAAACGCCCUUUAGGGGCGUGAAUCAAAUAAAGAUUUAUCAGCAAAUCCUCAGCGGCAUCGAUGUCAUACACAUGCCCACUCGAAUCCCAAAAUCCGCACAGCAUUUGGUGCGUCAUUUGUGCAAACAAUUGCCGGCUGAACGUUUGGGCUAUCAGCGCAAGGGAAUUUCCGACAUCAAGCGACACAGUUGGUUCGAAAGUUUGGACUGGCAGCGGCUGAAAAAUAAACAACUGCCAUCCCCGAUAAAGCGACCCUUGAAAAGCUGGACAGACCUGCAAUAUUUUGGACCGUCUGGCGUGGAAAACGAUUAUGAACCACCGGAAGAAUUAAGCGGUUGGGACAUCGACUUUUAGUGCUUAGAAAUAAAAUAUUUGUAAGUAGAAUUAUGGUAAAUUUAUGUUAAGUCAACUAAUGUAAGUUGCAUUUAUAUUUAUACAAGUUUAAGUUACUGUUAGAACUGGCAACGUAAGUUACUUAAAUAUUACAAAUAUAUUUGUAGCUACUUAAGCAUUAGCCUAAACUUGCAUUAAUUUUGUAAAAACUUGGUUACGUUUUUUGCUGUAGCAGUGUAGCAGUUCAUUCGUCACCUUAUUUUUAUUCGCGGAAUCAAUUAGAUCAGCAAACUUUGUUCCCUUUGCUAUCAUCAGAACACAAACAAAGAAACUUUUAAUUACGAUUUGACGUCACUCAGUGCUGGUCGAACGGCGUCUAACAAUAAAAGAAAAUGUACAUAGCUGUUCUCCAUCGAAAGUCGCUACCAAAAUGUGGCACAUCCUUCUGCACAUCAGUAGCUUCAUUUCUUUAGCGAUUUAUAUAAUUUUUGGUCUUCAAUAAAACAGAUUUACGGCAGAGUAAAAUGCCGAAACGUGCACGUCGAA